AUGAGGCGCACGAAGCCCGAAGUGGAGCGGUAUGUCGCUUCUGUGCAGGCCGCCGCGUCUUCCCCCAGAGAGAAAUCGAUGAAAGGAUUCCUCUUUGCUAAGCUGUAUUUUGAAAUUAAGGAAUAUGAACUUGCUAAAAGGUACAUAUCAACAUACCUCAACGUACAAGAGAGAGAUCCCAAAGCACACAGAUUUCUUGGACAAAUUUAUGAAGCUGAGGAUAAUGUAGAAAAAGCUUUUGGGUGUUACAAGCGCUCUGUGGAGUUGAACCCAACACAGAAAGAUCUUGUAUUGAAGAUUGCAGAGUUACUAUGCAAUAAUGACAUUACUGAUGGAAGAGCAAAAUAUUGGGUUGAGAGAGCUGCUAAGCUCUUUCCUGGGAGUCCUGCUGUUUACAGGUUGAAGGAGCAGUUACUCCAGUGUAAAGGUGAAGAUGGAUGGAAUCAGCUUUUUGACUUGAUUCAAGCAGAACUUUAUGCAAGACCAGAUGAUGUCUACAUAAACAUCAGACUAGUUGCACUCUACCGUUCAAAUAAUAGAUUACGAGAUGCUGUGCUCCAUUGUCAAGAAGCAGAAAAAAGAAUACCUUUGCAGUCAAGCUUGGAAUGGUGCUCCUGUGUUGUAGAGACAUUUGAGGAAUAUCUGGAAUCUUUACAAGACUUGGAGUCUGAUAAAAGUAACUGGAGAGCUAUCAAGAAAGAUCAUCUGCUGGCCUACUCCAGCUUUGUAAGAAUGACACUUUCUUCUAGAGAUGUUCAGGAAUGCAGAGAAGCACUUGAAAGUUUUGAUCGUAUGCUUCAGUCAGUGAAACCGUAUGUGAAUGGGGCUGAUGAGUUGUCUCGUACCUUUGUGGAAAUGAAAGGACAGCUAUACAUGCAUGCUGGAACUUUGCUACUGAAAAUGGCCCAACACAAUGAGGCACAGUGGAGAGUUGUGUGUGAACUAGCAGCAUUGUGCUAUCUGAUAAGCUUCCAAGUUCCUAAACCAAAGUCAAAACUGAUAAAGGGGGAUCAGACUGGACAAGAUACACUAGAAAUGUUGGCCUGUGAUCGAAAAAGCCAGUCUGGUCAUAUGCUGCUGAACUUAAGCCAUGGCAAGCAAGACUUCUUUAAAGAGAUUGUGGAAUCAUUUGCAAACAAGACUGGUUCGUUUACGUUGUUUGAUAGCCUGUUUGAGAGUGGAGCUUCUAGAGAGAGGUCUUUUAUUGGCACAAAUGAUAUUGGAAAUAUCAGUACACAAGCACCAGUGCAAAUGGAACUUAAUAAAUAUGAUACUGGUGCUGUUCGAAUGCACAAUGACAGUCUUCAGCACCUUGUGUGGCUUGGCUUGCAGUGGAACUCUAUGUCAGUCUUGCCCCCGAUGCGCAAAUGGCUAAAACAGCUUUUUCACUUGCCCCAAGAAACAUCAAGACUUGAGACAGAUGCUCCUGAAUCCAUUUGCUUGUUGGACCUUGAAGUAUUCCUCCUUGGGGUGGUAUUCACCAGCAACUUACAAUUGCAAGAAAAGUUUAAUUCUCACUGCGGUUCACAUCAGCCUCAAUUCUUACCAUUGCCAGUGUGCAAGCAGCUCUAUACUGAAAAGCAAAAAUGCUGGUGGGAAGCUGUUCGCACUCUUAUUCAGAGAAAAACAACACCAGGAACAGCAGCAAAACUGAGGCUUAUCGUACAGCAUGGAUUAAGUACGCUGAGAACACUGGUGAAGCACGGCCUUCAACCUGCCUUGAUUAUCCACUGGGCAAAAAGCCUGCAAAAAACAGGCAUUAGCCUUAACUCUUUCUAUGACCAGAAGGAAUACAUUGGACGAAGUGUCUAUUACUGGAAGAAAGUUUUGCCUAUGCUGGAAAUUAUCAAAAAGAAGAGGAGUAUUCCUGAACCUACUGACCCUCUCUUCAAACACUUCCAUAGUGUAGACAUUCAGGUCUUUCAGGUUGCAGCAUAUGAAGAAGAGGCACGUAUAGCAUUUGCAAUGUUGGAUGCAGUUGAUGGCAAAACUGAUGAUGCUUUAUUAGCAUUUGAAGCUAUUAACAGUGUGGUUUCAUACUGGAAUCUUGCCAUGAUCUUCCAAAGAAAGGCAGAAGAGAUGGAAAAUGAUAGCAUGCUGCCAGAAGAACAAGAAGAGCACAAAACCUAUCUUCUUAAAAGCAAGCAUUAUUUAAUGAAGAUCCUUGAGGAAAGCUCCUCAGAUAUGUCAGUAACUGAGAAACUGCCAGUGUCUAUUGAAACUGUGAGGGAAAUGCUAGAUACAGUGAUCCAGGAGCUUGGUGAAAAUGCUGAGGAGGGAGGUCCUGCCUUCAGAAAUGGCCUGUCACGAGCUGUAGAGUCAGAGGUGAAACACUCUACUCCAUCACCAACCAGGUUCUCUCUUUCACCAUCUAAGAGCUACAAGUUUUCUCCAAAAACUCCUCCUCAGUGGGCAGAAGAUCACAGAUCUAUACUUCAAAUGAUCUGCCAGCAAGUGGAAGCUUUAAAGAAUGAAAUGCAAGAAAUGAAGCUUAAUAAUUCCAACUCAAAUGCGUCAUCUCAUCGAUGGCCUGCUGAAAGCUAUGGAGCAGAUACAAUGUCAGAGGGUUAUCAGAGACCACAAAAUCUUCACGAAGCUCCAUUAACAGUUGCUACCACUGGCCCCUCUGUUUACUACAGCCAGUCACCUGCCUAUAACUCUCAGUAUCUUCUCAGAACUGCCCCAACCAAUGUAACACCGACAAAGGCUCCUGUCUAUGGCAUGAACCGACUUGCACCUCAGCAGCAUAUAUAUGCUUACCAACAACCGAUGCAUACACCACCUCUGCAAAACCCGUCUUGUAUGUUUUCCCAAGAUAUAUAUGGCACACCUCUGCGUUUUGAUUCUCCUGCUACUGGACUCAUUUCUCCUCGUGUGGGUGAUGAUUAUUACAAUUACAGUGUUCCACCAGCAAGCACAAAUCCAUCAUUGCCUAAACCAGGAUAUUUCACAAAGUCUGUAGAAUCAAAAGUGGUAGAAACUCCAAAGUCUAAAUUUGCACAGCCAGGAGCAGCAGAAGGGUCAAAACCACCUGUGCCACCACCAGCACAGUUGAGUCAGCCAACAACUUUUAAAUUCAACAAUAACUUCAAGUCUAAUGAUGGAGACUUUACCUUUCCUUCUCUUCAAGUUGGAACACCAGCUGGUAAUGCAGCUUUUAAUAACAGCGACAACCUCUUAAGUCUUCUGACAUCUGAUAAGCCUUUACAAGAUGAUAGAUACAUGGAACAAAAACCAGUUAAUGAUCGCUUAAACAGUCAAAGAAGUACCUUCACUUUUGGCAAUAAACAUACUCCAGCCAUCUCUUUUGGAGAGGGCAUGGGACAAAAUACGCACAAAACCCUGGGGUUUGAGAAGGGCGAUACAUUUAAUGCUCAAGAACCAAGCAAGCUUUUAUAUAUGACUUCAAAUUCUGAUUUUGCCAAUAAAGGUCAUGAAACAGAGGGAGGAAGCACCCAUGGUGGAGAUGAGGAUGAUGAUGGUCCUCAUUUUGAUCCUGUGGUGCCACUCCCUGACAAGAUUGAAGUAAAGACAGGUGAGGAAGAUGAAGAAGAAUUCUUCUGCAACAGAGGCAAACUCUUUCGUUUUGAUGCCGAAACUAAAGAAUGGAAAGAAAGGGGUAUUGGCAAUGUGAAAAUACUAAAGCAUAAGGUAUCUGGCAAAUUCCGUCUCUUAAUGAGACGGGACCAAGUGCUGAAAAUCUGUGCAAAUCACUACAUAAAUACUGAUAUGAAGUUAACUCCAAAUGCUGGAUCAGAUAGGUCAUUUGUAUGGCAUGCUGUAGAUUAUGCAGAUGAGUUGCCAAAACCAGAACAGCUUGCAAUUAGAUUUAAAACACCUGAGGAAGCAAUGCUGUUCAAAAGUAAGUUUGAGGAGUCUCAGAAUAUUUUGAAAACCUUGGGAUCAAAUGUUGAUGCAUCUGUGACUCGGAGUAGUGGAACAACAAGAGAAACAACAAAUCAGGACAUCAAGGAGCCUAGCAGAUCUAUUUCUGGGACCCUAAACUCUGGCUUUCAGUUACCAAAAAAUGGGGUGAGCAGUGACUCUCCUUCUGGUGGGCUUGAGCAGCAUCUCUUGAAGAAGGAUCAAUGGGAGUGUAAAAUAUGUUUAGUUCCAAAUGAUGCAACUGUGAAGAGUUGUGUAUCAUGUCAAAAUCCAAAUCCAGAUAUGUGGGAAACACGUGGCACACCAUUAACUGAGUCUGCGGAAAGUGUCAAAGCCGGUGGUAACACUGUGCAGGACACAUUUGGAUCUGCUUUUGCUAAAAAGGAAGGUCAAUGGGACUGCACUGUCCUUUCAGUAAGAAAUGAACCCACUGCUUCCAAGGGUGUUGCAAACAAAACCAAUGCCUCAAUAUCUGGUCAAGAAGCUUCCUCUAAAUUUGGCCAAGCAGUUGCUCCAAAGGCUGUUCAAAAUGACUUGGGUACUGCUUUUUCUAAAAAGGAAGGUCAGUGGGAAUGCUCUGCAUGCCUAGUCCAAAAUGAAGCAAAAGAUGUGAACUGUCACUCUUGUCACAAUCCGAACUCUCAAAGUCAACCAAAUGCGCCUACACCUACUGUUCAGGCAUCCCCUGCUCCCAGGUUUGAUUCAAGUAAGCCACAGAAAAAUGGAUUUGAAGGGCUUUUUGCUAAAAAAGAAGGGCAGUGGGAUUGUAAUACUUGUCUUAUAAGGAAUGAAGGUUUUUCACCAGCCUGUGUAGCUUGCCAAACACCAAAUCCAUCUGUUAAGACUCCUGGUGAUUCUUCACCAGCUCCUGCUUUUGGCAUGAAAAGUAAGUUACCUGAACCUGCUGGAGGACAGCUGGGAACAGGCUUUAAGUGUGAUUUCUUAGAAAAGGGCUUUAAGUUUGGUCUUGAUCCAGGCAAGGCACCGUCAUUUACAUUUCAGAUUCCUACUGAUACUGAAACUAAGCUUGCAAAGGAUGGAUUUACCUUUUCAAUGCCAGUGCCUGCAAACGGAUUUAAAUUUGGGAUACAGGAGUCUAAUAAAAAUACCGCUAAGAAAGAUGAGCCAUCCAAAGAGUGUACAACUGGCUUCUUAAAAAGCACUGAUGAAAAAGACAAAAAGGAACUGCCUUCAGAUAGCGGAAUUACGUUCCAGUUUCAAGAAGCAGCAGGCAAGGAGAAAAGUGACUUUGUUUUUGGGCAAAAUAGCAGCACUUUUACUUUUGCCGAACUUGCAAAAAAUACUCCCAGGGAAGGCUUUCAGUUUGGCAAAAAUGACCCUGACUUCAAAGGCUUUUCAGGUGCAGGUGAAAAGCUGUUUUCUUCACAGGAUUCUAAAAUGGAUCACAAAGCCAACACAUCUGCUGACCUUGGCGAGAAGGAUGAUGAUGUGUAUAAGACAGAGGACAGUGAUGAUAUCCAUUUUGAACCUAUAGUUCAAAUGCCUGAAAAAGUAGAACCAUUUACAGGAGAGGAAGAUGAGAAAGUGUUAUACUCCCAAAGAGUCAAGCUGUUCAGGUUUGAUCCAGAAACAAGCCAGUGGAAAGAACGUGGGGUGGGCAACCUGAAGAUUCUUAAAAAUGAAGUUAAUGGCAAAGUAAGAAUAUUAAUGCGGCGUGAGCAGGUAUUGAAGGUGUGUGCAAAUCACUGGAUAACAACAACAAUGAACUUGAAACAGCUGUCUGGCUCAGACAAAGCAUGGAUGUGGAUGGCCAAUGACUUCUCUGAUGGUGAUGCAAAGUUGGAACAGUUGGCAGCAAAAUUCAAGACACCAGAGCAGGCUGAGGAGUUCAAACAGAAGUUUGAAGAAUGUCAGAGGCUACUAUUAGACAUACCACUGCAGACACCCCAUAAACUUGUUGAUACAGGUAGGACUGCUCAACUUAUACAGAAAGCAGAAGAAAUGAAGUGUGGCUUAAAAGAUCUCAAAACCUUUCUGACAGAUGACAAAGCUAAACUGUCAGAAGAAGAAAGUGUAAGUUCUGUUUGUGCCAGCAGUACUUCUGAUCUGGUUAUAAAGCCUCAUGCUGAAAGUACUGGGCCUACUCUGGAAUGGGAUAACUAUGAUUUGCGUGAAGAAGCAUUGGAUGAUAGCGUAAGUAGUUCUGUAUAUGCAUCACCUCUUGCAAGUAGCCCUGUAAGGAAAAAUCUGUUUAGAUUUGGAGAGUCUACCACAGGUUUUAGUUUCAGCUUUAAAUCUGCCUUGAGCCCAUCCAAAUCUCCUGCCAAACAGAACCAGAGUAGAACAUCAGUAGGCACAGAUGAAGAUUCUGAUGUUACUCAAGAAGAAGAGAGAGAUGGGCAGUACUUUGAACCUGUGGUACCUCUGCCUGAUCUUGUGGAAGUGACCAGUGGUGAGGAAAAUGAGCAGGUUGUCUUCAGUCACAGAGCUAAGCUCUACAGAUAUGACAAAGAUGCUAAUCAGUGGAAAGAAAGAGGUAUUGGAGAUAUCAAGAUACUACAGAACUAUGACAACAAACAAGUACGUAUCGUAAUGAGAAGGGACCAGGUACUAAAACUCUGUGCCAAUCAUAGAAUAACACCAGAUAUGAAUAUACAACAAAUGAAAGGAUCUGAUAGAGCGUGGGUAUGGACAGCAUGUGACUUUGCGGAUGGCGAAAGGAAAGUAGAACUUCUAGCUGUCCGAUUCAAGCUGCAAGAUGUUGCAGACGCAUUUAAGCAAAUUUUUGAUGAAGCAAAGCAUGCCCAAGAGAGAGAGACACUGAUAACCCCUCUUUCUUCACGUGCAAAUACACCAAAGGAAUCUCCCUGUGGUAAAAAUGCUGUAGCUGUCUUGGAAGAAACUACCAGAGAAAGAACUGAUCUCAGCCACGGUGAUGAUACUUCUGAUGUAACUGUAGAGGUUGCAGAGGUGUCUAGCACUUCAGAAACACCAACAAAAACAGUGGUUUCUCCUCCGAAGUUUGUAUUUGGGUCUGAAUCUGUCAAGAGCAUUUUUAGUAACGAAAAGUCAAAGACAUUCACAUUUGGAAAUACUUCAGCUACUGGUUCUCUCUUUGGCUUCAGCUUUAAUCCUCCAAAAAAGAAUGAAGACCAUAUUCCAGUGGCUCAGAACACAGUGCAGAAAGAAGUGGAAGUUUCUGAACCAGCAAAAACCUCUAAUGCUCCUCAGAAGCCUCUAGGCAGCAAGGUAGAAAACUUGCCUACUUCAACACAAGAUGGACCCUCAAACUUCUCGUUUAGAAUUAUGGAAAAAGCUGAGAAGAUAACAACAUCAGAAGAUGAUCUUCCAUCUGAUGAGGUUACAAUAGUUUACGAAUUAACGCCUACCCCUGAACAGAGAGCUCUCGCUAGCUUUCUCAAGCUACCUUCAACAUUCUUCUGUUACAAGAAUAAGCCUGGAUAUGUGAGUGAUGAAGAUGAUGAUGAAGACUACGAAACAGCUGUUAAGAAACUUAAUGGAAGACUUUAUCCCAGUGAUUCAGGAAAGAAAAAGAAAUUGCAAGAUCCUGUAAAAGGGAAAAGUAAAUCCAACAAUGAAGGAGAAUGUGCUACUAUUUGGGAAGAGAAACCAGCUCCUGAGGAGAAAGCUGAAGCAGGAACUCUUGAGGUUCUUUCCACAUCUGUGUGUGGUGUCAGCAGUGACACUGAGGAUGACAGUCCAGAAGACUUCCAGGCAGAAGUUACAACUCAAGAAACAAAAGAGAAUGAGGUUACAAGCUCAAGUGACUUAGUCGGUGCCAGUGAGGGAGAGGUGCCUACUGCAUCAGCCAGUGAAGUGACAGUAGUUGUCCAGUCAGCUACUAACAAUGAAGAACCAGAUUCCACCACAGAAACUGUACAUGUAUCGCAGACUGGAUCAGGAGCUGAGGACAAACCUGUAGACUUGUCAACUAAAAAAGGUGAUUCAGACUCUCCAGAGUCAACGCAAGAAAACAGAAUCAUCUCAUUUGGUUUUGGCAAUACUGCAGGCUUGUCAUUUGCAGAUCUGGCUUCCAAAAACUCCGGAAACUUUGCUUUUGGUUCAAAAGAUAAAAACUUCAAAUGGGCAAAUACAGGAGCAGCUGUGUUUGGAGAGACAGCCUGCAAAGCAGAUGAAGAUGAAGGUGGUAGUGAUGAUGAGGUGGUACAUAGUGAUGAUAUCCACUUUGAGCCGAUUGUGUCCUUACCAGAGGUGGAAGUAAAAUCUGGAGAAGAAGAUGAAGAAAUUCUCUUCAAAGAGAGGGCAAAACUUUACAGAUGGGACAGGGAUGCUACUCAGUGGAAGGAGCGUGGUGUUGGGGAGAUAAAGAUUCUCUUCCAUACACAGAAGAAAUACUAUAGAGUCCUAAUGAGAAGAGACCAGGUUCUUAAAGUCUGUGCAAACCAUGUCAUCACCAAAGAAAUGAACUUGGUGCCCUCUGAUACAUCAAACAAUGCUUUAAUUUGGACAGCCACAGAUUAUGCUGAUGGUGAAGUAAAAGUGGAGCAACUUGCAGUCAGAUUUAAAAGCCAAGAACUGGCUAAUUCUUUCAAGAAGAGGUUUGAAGAAUGCCAGCAAAGCUUGUCAGAACUACAGAAGGGACACUUAUCUCUGGCAGCAGGACUGUCAAAGGACACUAACCCUGUUGUGUAUUUUGAAGUUUCUGCUGAUGAUGAACCUUUAGGACACAUAACUAUGGAGCUAUUUUCAAAUAUUGUCCCUCGAACUGCUGAAAACUUCAGGGCCCUGUGCACAGGAGAGAAAGGAUUUGGAUUCAAGAACUCCAGCUUUCACAGGAUAGUCACUGACUUUGUGUGUCAGGGAGGUGAUAUAACUAACCAUGAUGGAACAGGUGGACAAUCAAUUUAUGGAUCAGCAUUUGAAGAUGAGAAUUUCGAAGUGAAACAUACCGGUCCUGGAUUGUUGUCAAUGGCAAAUAAGGGCAGGGAUACGAAUACUUCCCAGUUCUUCAUAACACUUAAAAAAGCAGAACACUUGGACUUCAAGCAUGUGGUAUUUGGGUUUGUCAAAGAUGGAAUGGAUGUUGUGAAAAAGAUUGAAUCCUUUGGUUCUCCUAAAGGGCUCGUAAAUGCAAGAAUUGUCAUUACAGACUGUGGGCAAAUAUAGAAUUACUGCUUUGAGUAUACAGAUGUUCUAGCAGUAUAAAUCAGUAUUUAGAUGUUAAUUGACUAAUUAUUUCAACUUCUUAAAAUGGACACUUCUGAUGUAUAAAUGUAAAAUUACAGCUUACAGUUGGGUUUUUUAUGUGUUCUAAUUGAUUUUUUUGCAUGUUAAAGUUCAGACACUGGCAUAUUUCAGGUGUAUUUGUGUUAAUCCUGACAUAUUUGUAUUAAAUGUCAAAUUUUAAAAAUUAAAUCUUAGUCUUGUUAAAAAUAAA